UCAGAAGUCAAAGCGAGUAGAAGCAGAAACGCGCACUGGUUCUUCUUCGCGGCGCUUCUUUUGUGGGUUGAUAAUGGCUGUCUCAUUUGCUGGUGCGGCUCAGGGCUUGGUUUACCGUCAAAAUCUGACGCUCGCAUUUUCCAAUUCAAACUUCAAUCGCACUCAACUUCAAUUUCAGGGGCCAAAUCCUGCAAAAUCUCAAUCCCUCUCAUUUUCGUCUCAAUUGAAGCUUGCGAAUGAUGCCUCUCCUAGAAAGCAUCACCGUUCCUCUUUUGCGCAGACGGAUGCCGUUCGCCACAUCGUCGGAUCUCUUGCCAAAGCUGGUGGCCUUCGCUUUGCUGUGGUUGUGGGGCGGUUCAACGAAAUCGUGACAAGGCCAAUGCUCGAGGGAGCUUUGUCUACAUUCAAAAGUUAUUCAGUUCAAGACGAGGAUAUUGAUGUUGUCUGGGUUCCAGGGAGCUUUGAUAUUCCUGUUGUCGCUGAAAGGCUUGGGAGAUCUGGAAAGUACCAUGCUGUCCUAUGCAUUGGAGCUGUGAUUAGAGGAGAUACAUCCCACUAUGAUGCCGUUGUAAACUCUGCUGCUUCUGGAGUACUUUCUGCCGGUUUAAAAUCAGGUAUUCCAUGUGUAUUUAGCGUCUUGACCACUGAGAACUUAGAACAGGCUUUCGAUCGAGCUGGUGGUAAAGCUGGAAAUAAGGGUUCUGAGGGUGCUUUGACUGCUAUGGAGCUUGCGUCGGUGUUCGAGUACGACCUGAAGUAGUCAAGAAAUAAGAUCAAACGAUUUCCAUGAUCCCUAGUGUUGCGGUUUUUUGCAGUCUUGUGAGUUCUCUGCUGUCUUUGCUUAUGGUAGAACGCUUCAUAAAAUUGCAAAAAGCCACAUCAUGUCUGGUACUGAAGUCGGGUAAUAACAGGUGGGUCGGAGGCUUUGCUUUACUCAAGGUCAGAGGUUCUUGUACUGAAACUGCUCGAAAGAAACGAUAGGUUUAACGAUUUCAAUUCUCAAAUUUUCUUUGCUUAGAAUAAAGAUAUGAGGGCUUUCGUUUGUGCUAUUGUGUGAUUUAUGAUGCGCAAUGAACAAAGAUUAUAUUGAAGAGGCCUUUUUGUUAACUAUCAAUGAACUGCUGAACGCACAGUUACUC